GUAGACGGAGUGAUGUGGUACAACCUCGAGGUGACAAAUGAGAGCGGUAGAUCUUGGAUGGUGCAGCGCCGCUACAAUGACUUUGCUCAUUUGGACGAGGAACUGAAAAAGUCCAGGUCGUUGGAGGUCCCCACCUUGCCCGGCAAGGAGGCCUUGAACCCACUGAAAGUCUUUGACCGUGAUGGGUUUGCAGACAAGCGCAUGGAGGGGCUCAAGAGCUACUUAUCGGGCCUCGCUGCGCAGGUGCAGACCAUGGCGCAAGAUCAAGUGCUCGAGCAGUUUCUUCAGGUCGACCUUAGCACCAGGGCGGAGCCAGGCGAAGAAGAGCCUGAACCCACCAGUUGA